CUCCACUACACACUCCUCAGGGUGGGUUGGUUUUCGAAAGCGAGACAAAGGGGCUGCAGUUGAUUGGCUCUCUUUAUGCGCGAACUCGCCGUCAGCCCUCUCGCGCACUCCGCGCUCCAUUGACAUGUAAAUCAGGCUCCAUAAAUGCACCCCUUGGUUGCCCGCUCUAGCACAAUACCCGCCUCGCUUGUUAGCGCCGUGUGUAGACCUUUGUUUCAGACUGCGCUCGCCGGCCAUCUGCCCUCCAUUCAGAAGCCGUAACGGCGCUGCGUGCUUGUUUGGAGCGCGCUCUCUCUCUCUCACUCUCUCUCUCUCUCGGAUAUCUGCACCACAGCAACAUGGCCCCUGCCUCCCGCAACGGCAAGAGUGAGGAUGACUAUUAUGGGAUCAAAGGAGACAGAAAGACGAGAAAGCCGCUGGUGGAGAAGAAGAGGCGCGCCCGGAUUAAUGAAAGUUUGCAGGAGCUGCGCUUGCUUGUGACCGACUCAGACGCGCAGACAAAGAUGGAGAACGCAGAAGUCCUGGAAAUGACCGUGAAGCACGUGGAAAGUAUUCUUCAAAACAGAGCGAAAGCAGCUGACAGCAUGAACCGUGAAGCGAGUGAGCGCUUCACCGCCGGUUAUAUCCAGUGCAUGCAUGAAGUGCACACGUUCGUGUCCAGCUGUCCCGGCAUCGACGCCACCAUUGCAGCGGACCUGCUCAACCAUCUGCUGGAGUGUAUGCCUCUGAACGACGAAGAUCGCUUCCAGGAUUUGCUUUCUGAUUUGAUGGUGGGAGAUUGUGGGCCCGGUGGGGCUUGGUCGGGCGACGGGGUGUACUCCGUGCUGUCCCCACGCGAUGGAGGCGCCUCCGGCAGAACCUCAGACCUCUCCCCGUCCCCGUCCAGCACAUCAAGCGACGACCUGUGCUCGGACAUCGACGAGACCGACACCGAGCACAGUCACGUGGACAGCCGGGACGCUCAGGAUAACGUGCCUACUGUGUUCUACUCUAAGUCUGUAUGGAGGCCCUGGUAGACGUGGACAGAUCCCUGAAACGUAGCAGUGAGAUGUAUGCAACAGAACCUGUGUAGCUGUUAGGUAUAAUGUUAGUUCAGAGAAACUGGACAUUUUAGCUGCGAACGAGAAGUGUGUGUAACAAUUCUGAAAAGCUCUUCAUGGUGAAACAGCCGCGCGUCAACCUAAUAAUAACACUGCAACAUCAGCAUCUUUGUAGCGUAUUUAAGUGUUUUUUUUUGUAUAAGUAAUAAAAAAUAAAUUAAUUAAGAUGAGACUGUUUUGAUGAGUAUUUCUAGAAAGUGCUUAUCUGUAUUUUAUUAUUGUAGACAGAAAAUGUAAAUAUUUCAUUGUUGCUGUAGAUAUAUUG